GUCCGCACUUCCGGUCGGCGCGAGUGGUGUCUGGUUUCGGCUUCCCGUUGCUGGGUGGGCUCGGCAGGCCGGCGAGCUUGUGGCGGCCGCUGCGCCCGGGAGCAGGGCCAUGGAGAAGCUGCGGCGGGUCCUGAGCGGCCAGGACGACGAGGAGCAGGGCCUGACCUCGCAGGUCCUGGAUGCCUCGACCCUUAGUUUCAACACCAGGUUGAAGUGGUUUGCCAUAUGCUUCGUGAGUGGCGUUUUCUUCUCGCUCCUCGGAACUGGAUUGCUGUGGCUUCCUGGUGGCAUAAAGCUUUUUGCAGUGUUUUAUACCCUUGGAAAUAUUUCUGCAUUAGCCAGUACAUGCUUUUUAAUGGGACCUGUGAAGCAACUGAAGAAAAUGUUUGAAACGACAAGAUUGUUUGCAACAGUUAUCAUGCUUUUGUGUUUCGUCUUUACCCUGUGUGCUGCUCUUUGGUGGCAUAAGAGGGCACUCGCCUUGUUAUUCUGCAUAUUGCAGUUCUUGUCAAUGACGUGGUACAGUCUGUCAUACAUCCCGUAUGCAAGGGAUGCGGUGAUUAAAUGCUGUUCUUCUCUCCUAAGUUGAAAAUCAGAAACUCUUCGGAGGAAGCGUGGGAAAGUCGAUGUUGUGGUUUUGGUCAAGUGUGCCUUUACUGAUACAAUAGUCACUCCCAAACAAGCGCCGGGACGGUUUCAGACCGUUUUGUGUUCUGGUAAAGACUCCCUGCUCCAUUAAACUGUUGGAUGCUCGUAACGUUGUAACCCGAAAUUCAUCGUGUGUCAUUAAUGUGCUUUUCCAAAGAUAAGGAGAUUUUAAUCACUGCCGGUUGUAGAUGAUUUUUAGCCAGUUUCUUAAUCUUUUCUAAACAGCAUUUGAGAUGUGAAUAUUUAAGGAUAAACCUGUGCUGCAAGGUGUAUUCAGCUUUUUUGUCUCUUAAAAUGUCUACAUUUUUUAAAUAUCUUUUUUAAAACUUUAAAUGUGAAAGUUUUU